GAUAUUUUUGUCGUUAUAAUUUGUUUUUAUUGAUUGAGAUUGGCGAAAAAUGAAAAAUAAACACUGAGAAUGUUUGCAACUUGUAGUUAAUAUUAUUUCACAUUUAAAAGUGAAAGGUAAAGUGAUGUUCAGUAUUUUCUGUAGCCAAUUGAAGCUACCAGAUGUGUAGUGAAAAGUAGCUGCAUAUAUUAGAUUUAGCUAGAUUGUGGUGUCUAUCAAACACAGUAGCCUACGAGAUGGAAGGCAACGCAGAUCCCGAUGGUGAACGAGGGCUAGAGGAUGCCAGUACUGCCGAGGGAGAUGGGGAUAGAGGUAGAUACAGUAUGCUAGCUCGUUGCGCGUCACAGUCGUCACUAGACGAGUCGUCACAGCGUCGUGCGGGGGGAGAUGCGGGUGAGGCGGGAGAGGGCGCUGUGGGCGCGCAGCACGCCACCGCGCUUCUCGACGCGCUCGCCCGACUACGAUGUGAUGCGACACUGUGUGACGUUCGAUUGCAGGCGCAAGCGGAAGGCGCGACGGAGCCGGCGGAGGGCGUGUGGGCGCACCGCGCUGUGCUGGCCGCCUGCUCGCCAUACUUCCGCGCCAUGUUCACACAGUUCGACGAGCGUACACAGGACGCUGUCACCAUACAAAAUGUAGAACCGCAUGCUCUAGACGCUAUCAUAGAGUAUGUCUACAAUCCAAACUCAUUGGUCAUCACAGAAGAUAAUGUUCAGAGCUUGCUGUCGGCGUCGUCGUUGCUGCAAGUGUCGGGUGUUCGCGCUGCGUGCUGCAACUUCCUGGCGGCCGCGCUGGCGCCGGACAACGCGCUCGGCAUCCGCGCCUUCGCUGAGCUGCACGCCUGCCGCGACCUCAAGGACUGCGCAGCCAGAUAUGUGCACCGGCACUUUGUUGAGGUUCUGGAGACUGAAGAAUUUCUAUCUCUGACUGCGGAAACCUUGGCGCAACUCCUAGACAGUGACCGCAUUAUGGUUCCGAACGAGGAAGUGGUUUUGGAUGCAGUUAUAAGAUGGAUGCAGCACAAUCCAGAAGAACGUCAGCAGCACCUUGGCACACUGCUGGAGCAUGUGCGGCUGCCGCUGCUGGGUCGUGAUGUGCUCGUAGCCCGCGCUGCUGCUGAACCCCUCGCCGGUGCAGGACUGCGUGUCAAGGAUCUGGUGAUCGAGGCGCUAUCAUUCCACCUGCUGCGACCUGAGAGACGUGCGGCUGCAGCUGCAGCCUGCGCACGCGCACGACCUAGACAGCCUCCACGCGCACCUAAGAUGUUGCUGGUGGUGGGCGGACAGGCGCCCAAAGCGAUAAGGUCGGUGGAGGCGCUGCAGCUGGAGGCUGGACGUUGGAGACGCGCCGCAGACCUGCCCACACGCCGAUGUCGCGCUGGUCUCGCUGUAGUCGCUGGCAAGCUCUAUGCUGUUGGUGGUUUCAAUGGUACGUUGCGCGUGCGCAGCGUGGAUAUCUACGACGCGUGCGCGGACACGUGGGCGCCGGGCCCGCCGCUGUGUGCGCGUCGCUCCACACUAGGUGUCGCCGUCAUCGGUAACGUCAUUUACGCCGUCGGAGGAUUUGACGGGGCGUCGGGGCUGAGCUCGGCGGAGGCGAUGGACGCGCGCGAGGGCGUGUGGCGGCCCGUGGCCAGCAUGAGCACGCGGCGCUCCUCAGUGGGCGUGGCCGUGCUGGGCGGGCGCCUGUACGCGGUGGGCGGGUACGACGGCGCCGCACGCCAGUGUCUGCACACAGUGGAGCGCUACGACCCCGCCGCAGACGUCUGGGAGCCCGUCGCCGAGAUGAGCGCGCGCCGCUCCGGCUGCGGCGUGGGCGUGGCCGAGGGCGCGCUGUACGCUGUGGGCGGACACGACGGGCCCGCAGUGCGCCGCUCCGUGGAGAGGUACCGCGAGGGCGCGGGCUGGGCGCCGGCCCCGCCCAUGGCCACCGCGCGCCGCAACGCCGGCGUCGCCGCACACAACAACCGCCUCUACGUCGUCGGCGGGGACGACGGCGCCGCCAAUCUCUCCACCGUAGAGGUAUUCGAUCCGGCGACGGAGGCGUGGACCACGCUGGCCUCGACGAUGUCGGUGUCGCGGUCGUACGCGGGCGUGGCGGUGCUGGACGAGCCGGCCUGACGCUCGGCCCCCGCGCCCCACGGCGCAGGCCCCGACUCGGACUCCGAGGCGCACGACGCGUACCGCCCCCCCGACCUACCCGACAUCACCGACGGCCGCGAGAGUCCCAUCUUCGACCUCUACCCUCCGUACUACCGCUACCCGCACGCAGAGACGCACGACCGCAUGCGCAACCUUCGUCUCAGACUGCACGAAACCGGGUACGCGGGUGUGGGCGUGGCGCUGCCGCGCGGGGGGCCGGGCGUGUCGGGUCUGCAGGCGGGG